ACAUGUGAGUGAGAGCGAUAAGCUUAGGGCUGUUUGUACCCCUACUUUCAUCAGCUCGGACGCCUCACCGUGCAAACUAGUGGUAAUUCACAGUUACUAUAUAAAUAUCGUUCUGCGCAUGCCACUUCGUCUUUUACCUUUUGCCCACCGAUUUCAACCCUAGGUGCUCUUACAACUUAUCCACAUGCCAACGAGAUCCCCAAUCAAUUCCUCAUCAAUAAAUCAAACCGCCUUCCAAACAACAAAUAUGCCCGAUCACGGAAAAAAUGUGAGAGCAUACAUGGCCCCGAAGAAAUCGGAUCCCUACGAUAUGUCGGAUUUGUUGGCUGCACUGCCACAACUGGACAUGGUACCAUGUCCAAACCACGAAGCCACUACACCCGCACGCGACAUCGAACCAGCCCGCCCAAAGCCAUUGAGGGGAAGACGACCACAAGAACCCGAGACAGCCGCAGAACCUACCAUGGAUGAAAUGUGGAACGAGAUGUUCGACAACCUCGUCGCCAACAACCCAUCACCCCUACUCCGCCUCCCGCCAGAAAUCCGCACCCUAAUCUGGAAAUUCGUCGUGGGUGGGAAUGUUUUUAUACUAAGAGAAUCCCGUGAAGAAUGCGCCGAUCCGCGUCCCGCACGCCAACGCAAUAUCCGGGCGCUAUCUCUCGUUAAUCGGCAAGUCCGCGACGAAACACGGGGGAUUCCAUUCGCGUGUACAUCGUACGAUUUUACCGGCGCGAGUGUGAGCUGCAUUAUUCGUUUUGCGGAGUCGUUGUCUGAAUUAGGCCGUGCGACUAUCACAUAUCCAAAGGACUUAUCUGUGACGGUGGUGCGAGAUGAUCGGAUGAAUUGCGAAUAUUGGGGUAAUUUCAGAUAUUAUUAUACGAUGAAAGGGAGGACUUCUUUUACUGUUGGGGAGUUGUUUUCCAUGGUAGAAGAACAUGUACGCCGUCAUACUCAUACGACGAUUAGUCAUUUGUAUGAUCCGAACUUUCACGGGUAUUUGGAAUCUCGGUGGCGUGAUAGUUGAGAUCGUGGGGAAAAAUUCCUAGCUGGUGCAAUUGAGGGACAAUUCGGGAUUUUGAUGGGAAGAGAGUAAGCUACAGAAUGAAAGGGGAAACAGGAAGAUUGUGGACAGGGAUCGCGAAUCUUCUGACAAUGGAAUGCUUCAACAGGAUGGGCAUCCGAUGGGAUGAUGUACGUAAUGGCACUUGUGAGUAAUUCACGCUAACUUACAGCUUUACAACUUUCUUUUUAGUUUUUAAUAAUAUAUCAAUACUACCUGUAAUAUAACACUACUAGUUUUGAGCGUGUUUCUGGUGUUCUUGCAUUGAGCUUGCGUGAUAUUGACUUUAUAUGUUAUUAUCCGACUUUUACGUUCCCAGAAGAGCCAGCCUUUCAUAUAUUCAACUGCACACAUAGCAGGACUGACUGGGCAGACCGAGUUAAAGCCGGUCAUUGCCUUGGUAUAUUGCCAACUGCGGAAGUGAUCUGCUUCUUGUUCUUCUCGCCGUCGCAGAGGAUCGUCUCCAGGAAGUUUGAAGAUCCUAGGUACACGACACGUAAGGUGAAAGCCCCAGGCCGCUAGUUUCGAGUAGGCU